UGCUGAGCCACUCCAAGGCUUCUGCAAGAACAAACAGAGCUUCUCACACAAAGACAUCCCCCGCCAUGGAGGCAGGGUCAUUUUUGGCUUUCCAGCAUGACAGAACAGACCUCCUAGCUGCUCUGGAGAAGCAGAGCCACACUGGGGACUUUGCCCAAGCUCCAUCAGCUGAGAAGACUCCCAAAGGACAAGAUGCAGAGACAAAUCCCAGGCAGUGCCCUUCUCACGCACACAUCGAAGAAGUCCUGCCUGACAGGAGUGACUCGGAGGAAAUCAUCACCUAUAUCUCUGAGAACACGACUGUGACUUCAGCUGAUGAGGAGAAGCUGCUGCUUCUCAACAGGAAUACAGAACUGCGUCGAAUCAACAAGGAGCUGAUGAAGCUAAAUCAGGACUGGGACUACAUCUAUCACUCCACCAGCCUGGGGCUGCAGCACAGAGUGAGGGUCCUGCAGGAGGAGGUGGCUGCGCUCAAGCUGCAAGCACAGAGCCUCUCUGCAAAGCUAGAACAUGAGCAGAACAAGAGAGAGUAUUAUGAACAGACCCUCUUCCAGGAGCUGAAGAGGAGCCAGUCUUUACAGGAAUAUGUGAGACACCUGGAAGGCAGACAGUUUCCCAGCCCAGGCAGGCAGGCAGCACCGGAAUCCCAAGUAUCUGCACCCCUCCCUUAUGAAGACUUCUCAGCUUCCCAGCACGUGCUUCCUACAAAGAGCUCAAAGGAGAAUAUACCAAGCCAGUGCCACACACCAGCUCCAGCUGCCUAUGGCCGCAAGCCCGAGGAGUGUCAGUGCUUAGCCCCACAGAGCGUAGCUGGGAUGGCAGUGGCUGCAGAGAAAGAGGUCUCUGACCUCAAGGACCACCUGGAGGCCCUGAAGUGCCAGACAGAGAUCUAUGAGGCAGAUUACAGGACUGAGCAAAAGGAUCGGCAGCGAAUCAAAGCAGAGAACGCAAAGCUCAGGCAGAAGGAGGAGGAGAUGAGGCAGCAGAUGGCCUUGCUGGAGGAGCAGCUGAAGAUCUUUGAGGACGACUUUCGGAAGGAACGCUCAGACAAGCAAGUGCUUCAGCGCCUCCUGAAGAGAAAGCCUGAGGCCAAGAAGCCUGUCCCGCCCCAUCACUGCAGGGGUCAGGAGAAGCCCUCAAAUGGUUCCUGUAGCUGCAGCUGCCACAGCAAGAACCACCAUCACCAGUGACAACAGGCGUGCACAAUGCGUCCCCAGGGUUCGGAGGCAAAAAGCCCUCAGCCUCCCCCUGCUGCACAAACUAAAAACCAGAGCAGAGCCUCCUGAGCUGGCAA